AUGACUAAAAUUGAACAUCUCAAUAAUUCAGAACAUGAAAAUGACGAUGAUACGACAGAUCCGAAAAUUCAAAGUAAAUCAUCUACAUCGAUAUUAUCACGGACCACAAUUUCAAAUUUAAAACCAUCCAAACAUCAAGCUGCAGGACAUGAUGGGUGUUUAACUUCAGAUUCAAUAUUUAUAAAACCAACUAUAAAACAAGAAUUAGACUUUUAUAAUUACAUAAAUGGAAUUGAUCAAAUCAGUGAAUCAAAGAAUGAAGAUAUAUAUCUAGGUUCUUUAUUGAGUCAUUGGAUGCCAAAAUUUUAUGGAAAUCUUCAAGAAGGUAAAAUAUCAAACACUGAAAUUAAUCCAACUGCAUCAUUCUUAAAUUUAGACACAAACUCUACCGAGUCAUUUGCCAAAAAAGAUUCAAAGGAUUAUAUAGUUUUACAAAACUUAUAUCAUGGAUUCAAAAAACCGAAUAUUAUGGAUAUCAAAUUAGGUUCAAAAUUAACUGAUGAUUCAAAGACUCCUCCUGAAAAAAUUGAAAGAUUAGCUAAAGUAAGUAAAAAUACGACUAGUGGAUCACAUCUGUUCAGAAUAUGUGGUAUGAAAGUUUAUAAUCAAAAUCAAUCACAAACUUUUUCCGAAGAGGAAAUUUUUGAUGGGAUGUUAAAUACUGUUCAACUAGUUUCUCUUGAAGAAGAAAAUAAUAAUUCAACUCAAGAAACUUAUUUUCAAUUUAAUAAAUUUUUUGGAAGAUCUUUAAAUUCAACAAAUAUUGAAAAUGGUAUAAAUUUAUUUUUUAAAUUAUCUCAUUUCAAACCAAAUCAAAUACGACAUUUGAUUGAAAUUUAUCUAAAAAGAUUACAAUUAAUUUAUAAUUGCUUAUUGGAUUAUGAUGUUAGAAUGUAUUCUAGUAGUUUAUUAUUUAUUUAUGAAGGGGAUUCAAGUGUUUGGAAUGAAGAUAAAUAUGAGGAUUAUGAUCUGCUGGACCCUAUAGUGAAAGAUUUUGAAUUAAGUGAUGAUGAUGAAGAGGAUAGUGUAGAAAAAGUCGAUGACUUAGAACAAGCAGUGUUAAAUGAUUAUAAAGUAAUUAAGUCAAUGUCUGAUGAAAGUUCAGGUACAAAUGAUACAAAAAAUUCGUCUCCAUUGAGUAGUCUACAUUUGAUUGAUUUUGCUCAUUCUAAACCUACUCCCAAGGAAGGAUACGACGAAAAUGUAAUAAAAGGAAUUGAAAAUUUGAUAGAUAUCUUUUCAAAUAUUCAAAAACAAUACAUCUAG